CACCCUCCCCACCCAGGACGCGCCAGGCUGCGUGGAGUGAGCGCUCGAGAGUGUUUCCACUGCACGAGAGAGUGAAAUACAGCAGUCAAACUGCAGCUAGAGACACAUAUCAGCACAAGCUGAGCAGUUUUUCAGUGAAUUGCCCAGCAGCAACAUGCGCUUCACCGCCACGCCUGCCUUGAACAUCACAGCAAACUAGGACACAAGAUGUCCCUCUCUGAGACCUGCAGAGGACAUAAUCCUCCAUCCUGGCAGCAUUUCUAUGCUUAUUGCAUUGUUAUUUGACUCAAAGGCUCGAUGUCCUGUUGCUAAGCUCUUCAAAAAAAACAUCACAUCCAUCAUCAUCAGCAGUCCCCUGGUGGGCUGGUUCCUCUCUGUCUUGCAUCACCUCCUUUAUUUCUUCUCCUUCUCUGAACUUUGAAGCCCGUUGAGGAGCAAGGCCAUGGCACCGUUUUCCUCUCCCGUCCUCUUCUUGUCUCUCAUCCUCGUCCUUUCUCUGCCUCCAUCCUGUUCUCCUGAAUCCCAGCAGGAAGAACCUUCUCUCCAGCCCUCCGUCACUCCAGAAGCUCCAUCAGAGCUCUACAGUAACCUGACGGAUGACGGCGACGGCAACGCUCUGAACAAACCAUGCUCUGACAUAGUCGUAUGCAAACCUGGAAUCAUCCUGCCCAUAUGGAAGCCCAUCAAUCCCAGUCUGGGAGAGCAGGUUGCCCGGGCCAUCCUGUAUUUUACCUCUCUCAUGUACAUGUUUCUGGGAGUGUCCAUCAUCGCUGACCGAUUCAUGGCAUCUAUAGAGGUCAUCACGUCACAGGAGAAAGAGGUGACCAUCACCAUGCCAAAUGGAGAAACAUCAGUGGCCACCGUGAGAAUCUGGAACGAAACCGUGUCCAAUCUGACCCUGAUGGCGCUGGGAUCAUCUGCCCCUGAAAUCCUCCUGUCGGUCAUUGAGGUGUGUGGUCAUGGUUUUGUGUCCGGUGAGCUCGGUCCGAGCACCAUUGUGGGCAGCGCUGCCUUUAAUAUGUUUGUGAUCAUUGGAAUCUGUGUGUGGGUGAUUCCUGAAGGCGAGGUGAGGAAGAUCAAACAUCUGAGAGUCUUCUUCAUCACCGCAUUCUGGAGUAUCUUCGCUUACAUCUGGCUCUACCUGAUCCUGUCCGUCAUCUCACCUGGAGUCGUGGAGGUAUGGGAAGCUCUGGUCACUCUCUGCUAUUUCCCCGUUUGUGUGAUUCUUGCCUGGAUCGCUGACCGGCGCCUCCUUUUCUACAAGUACAUGUCCAAACGCUACCGUGCCGACAAAAGGACAGGGGUUGUUGUGGAGACAGAGGGGGACAUGACCCCCAAAGGUAUGGAGAUGUUGAUGGAUGGCAAGUUUCCAUUGAGGGCUGGAGCUGUAGGGAUCGGCACACAGGAACAUUACCAGGAUGGAACCGGCAACACAACAGGCACCAUGGCAAAUCUACCCAACUCCAACAGCACGACCGUUUACAUGGACGGUGCCAAGGACCUGGACGAGAGCCGUAAAGAAGUGAUCCGUAUCCUGAAGGAACUGAGGCAGAAAUAUCCAGAUAAGGAGUUUGAUCAGCUGGUGGAAUUGGCCAACUACUACGCCCUCCUCCAUCAGCAGAAAAGUCGUGCCUUUUACCGCGUCCAGGCCACGCGCAUGAUGAUCGGGGCUGGUAAUGUGCUGAAGAAACACGCAGCUGAUCACGCUCGCCGUGCUGCCGUGACAGGUGGCGAUGAGGCUUUGGAGGAGGAAGACUUGGCCAUCUGCAGCUGCAUCUCCUUCGAGAGUGCACACAGCCAGUGCAUGGAGAACUGUGGCACCAUCGCGAUACCCGUGGUGUGUCGAGGAGGUCUGGGGGAGAGCACUUUCUAUGUCGACUACUGUACAGAAGAUGGCACAGCCAACGCCGGCUCAGAUUAUGAGUACUGCGAAGGGACGCUGGUGUUCAAACCGGGAGAAACCAGGAAAGAAAUUAAGGUGGGCAUCAUCGACGAUGACAUCUUUGAGGAAGAUGAACAUUUCUUUGUGCGUUUGCUGAACCUGCGUGUUGGUGAUGCGGAGGGUAUGUUUGAGAGUGACGACGCGGAUCAGGCUCCCAAGGCCCAGCUGGUGGAACCGCUGAUGGCCACCGUUACCAUCCUGGAUGACGACCAUGCAGGGAUCUUCACUUUUACGGACCGCCUGAUGCGAGUGAGCGAGAGUGUGGGUACCAUGGAGGUGACAGUGGUCAGGAACUCCGGCGCCCGCGGGACCGUGAUCAUUCCGUACCACACAGAGCCCGGAACAGCCCAAGGGGGAGGGGUUGACUACGAGGACACAUACGGAGAGCUGGAAUUCACCAACGACCAGACAACUCAGACCCUUCAGGUGAGGAUCACUGAUGAUGAAGAGUACGAGAAACAUGAGAAUUUCUUCAUUGUUCUUGAGGAACCGCGCUGGCUGAAGAGAGGAAUCUCAGCCCUGCUGCUGAACCAAGAGGAUCCGGAGGGACAGAUGACUGUGGAGGAGGAGGAGGCCAGGAGGAUAGCGGAGAUGGGGAAACCUAUCCUGGGGGAGCACAGCCGGCUGGAGGUGGUGAUCGAGGAGUCCUAUGAAUUUAAGAGCACCGUUGAUAAACUGAUCAAGAAGACGAACCUGGCGCUGGUGAUCGGCACUCAUUCCUGGCGAGAGCAGUUCGUGGAGGCCGUGACCGUCAGUGCAGGCGACGGGGAUGAAGAUGUAGAGGAGGGUCGAGAGGAGCGUCUCCCGUCCUGCUACGAUUACAUCAUGCACUUCGUGACGGUUUUCUGGAAGGUUCUGUUCGCGUUUGUUCCGCCCACAGAGUACUGGAACGGCUGGGCCUGCUUUGUGGUGUCCAUCAUUGGAAUCGGCCUCCUCACGGCUGUCAUCGGAGACCUGGCGUCACACUUCGGCUGCACCGUGGGCCUCCGUGACACCGUCACCGCAGUGGUGUUCGUCGCCCUGGGCACUUCUAUCCCAGACACAUUUGCCAGUAAAGUCGCUGCUACUCAGGAUCAGUAUGCAGACGCCUCCAUCGGAAACGUCACGGGCAGCAACGCAGUCAACGUGUUUCUGGGCAUCGGCGUGGCCUGGUCUGUGGCGGCGGUGUACUGGGCCGUCCAGGGCAAGCGCUUUUACGUGGAUCCCGGCUCGCUGGCCUUCUCCGUCACCCUCUUCACUAUUUUUGCCUUCAUCUGCAUGGGGGUGCUGCUGUUCCGGCGCCGGCCGUCUAUCGGCGGAGAGCUGGGCGGCUCUCGUGUCCCGCGUUUGCUCACUACGCUCCUCUUUCUGGGUCUGUGGUUCCUCUACAUCCUCUUCUCCAGCCUUGAGGCCUACUGCCAUAUCAAGGGCUUCUGAAAGGAGAAACAGGGAACAAACACCACACACUCAUAUCCACAAAUAAAUCUAAAGGGUUUUUGAGGCUCUAUAAGCCACAUAAAUCAACAUAAGUCUGCACACACACACACACUUACAAAACACAUCAUUGAAUGCAAAUCAUUCAACUUAGACGAGACCUGGAGGAGAAUCUGAGAUGGAUGAUGUUGGAGAGAGAGUUUGUGAAAAAGGAAGCAAAGCGUGUAGCAAAAGAGGGCAGAGAUGAGUGUAAUCCACUAUAAGGUGGGAGCGACGCUGUAAAAUAGUCACACUUAUAUCUUUUCGUUUCCCGAGCUCAAAGGCAGAACUGACAACUUUUGUUUCACACGGCAGACGUUGUCAGGCAACAGGUCUUUUUAUGGUUCAGGGGCACAAUAAAUCCGAGUAAAGAUAAAAGGUGUCUUCAGAACAGUAGUGAUGGCAUUUUAGAUGCUAAUGAAAAGGCGCCAGCAGUCGGGCUGCUUAACAGAUCAGCAGUUUUGCUUGCGAUGUGCAUCAUUCUGAACUAAAGCAGUCAUUUAUGAUUGUCGCUUGACAGAUUGUACAAUGUGAGUUCUUGAGUAAAAGCAAGACAGGCUGAAAGUUGUGUCACACUAGACUUCAAGCAUGUAAAAUUACUUUAGUCCCUGCAGUGAAUAUGUGCAGCAGGAUAUGAUGUCAUUCUCUAGGGCUUCUCAUUUUAAUAAGUAAUAAAAUCUAACUAAUUAUACAGUCUAGUGUGACCGCACCUAACUUUGAAAUCAUAGCAUACAAACCUAAGCAAGCUGUUUACUAAUGUUGCCAAUGUUUCACCUGCUUGAUGUCAGAAAGAGCUAACUCAAAAAGUUAAGUUAAUAGUAAUGUGAAGGGAAUGAUAAAUAACAGAAUAUUGGUUUUGCAUAAAUAUUGUCCAGAAUUCGAUCAGAAGAAGCUGCUGCAAUGACAAUUUAUAAGUGACACAAUAAGCAGACCAAGACUUUCAGUUGUGCCCUGAAAUGGCAAAAAUCUUUUGCUUUUUAAUAUUAUUUUUGGUUAAUAAUUAUAUGAAAUGUAAAUAUCCAACACAAAAUAUUAUUAAAUUAUAUUAUAUUCAGAAUCUUCAUCUUCAUAGUCUCUAUCUCCCUUUUUCAGACAUUUUAGACUCAAUUGUGCCCUACAGUGACAAAACUCUUUUAAGAUUCCAGGAAUCUGUAUUAGGCAGCAAAAUAGUGGCUUAAGACUAGAAUAGAGCAGCGGUAACUCAUGGACAGAAGAAUAACUGAAGAUGGAAUUAGAAAGUUGUCCAUUAAAAACAUGAGUCUCAAUAUUCUGCUAGAUUAACUUUCAUCCUCUGAUCACGUCAUUUUGACCUGAAAUGUCUUUAUUUUUAUUUUAUUUUUUUAAAUUGAGUGUUCAUCUGAGUCGCAUUGAAUCUAGAUAUUUAUUUUAACAUGAAUACUUAUUCUACACCUAAUUCAGUGAACAAAACAUCUUAUGACAUCACAAUGACUGGGAGCUUCUGAAACGGAACACUGGUCAUCGUAAUGAUUUGAAUCUUCGGUUGUUACAUUCAUUCUGCACUUUCUGCUACCUAGAGACAAUGGAGAUCCUCUUUUAAAAGUGUCAAUGUAAAAAUUCCACGAGAAAACACUCACCGUCAAAGCAACUGUGAGAGUUUCUCUUCUUUACAUAGGUUUAUUAGAAGAACAAAUGAUUUAGGUGUCAACUUCAGUGCAAAAACUGAAGCAUGUUCUCGUUCAUUUGAUGCAUCCAGUGACUUUACAAGUUCUCAUAACAAAGCACUAAAAGGAAAAAUGUCACUGUACAGUUUCUCUCGCCAUUGUGUAAGCUUGUAUGGGGCGUCUUGAUCUAGAACAAUUUAGAGCUGCGUAUUGAUUGGUUCUUUAUAAACUCAUUAGCUGACUAGUCCACUCAUAAUGUAUGGAGCUGAACGCUGAUUGGUCCCUGACAGAUUCACAAUAAAAUGUUGUUUACUCGUA